UUUUAUCAUCAUCAACAUAAUGAUGAUAAUUGAAUAAUGUAUCUAUAGAUAGUUGAACAUUUUUUUGUUUCGUAUAAACAACAUAUGAAAAAUGAGCCAAACAAUCAAAUAGAUUUUUGCCAUUGAUUUAUGUUCACAUAUUCAUAUACAAAAUAGACUUGCGUGAACAUAUGGCCAAUUGUUUAUUGAUUAAUUAUUAUUAUUAUUUUAUUUUGUACCUAUGAUGAUUUAUCUUCAUUGAUGUUGCAGUGCAUUAUUUUGAAAGAAAAUGUUUAUAUUGAAGUGAAAUCAUUAGAUUCUACAUAUUAAAAUUGAAAUUCAUUCAUUGUGUUUACUUUUUUUCAUCAUUGGAACAUUCCAAUAAUAAAGUUAAUCAUGUCUAAAUCAUCAUUACGUCGUUUAUUAUUACCACAUAAAAUACAAUUACCACCACUAACAGAUGGUUGGUAUGGCCGUGCAUCAUUGGCUAAAGGUGAACAACCACCACCAGAUGAUCCAACGAUUAAUCGAUUUAAUGUCAAUAUUUCUGCUGAAGAAUUGGAUGAUUUGAAAAAAAAAUUAAAAUCAGCUCGAUAUUUUGAAGCGAUUGAAGGAACAAAUUUUCGUUAUGGUUUCAGUGCUGAAACAUUAACACAAAUUGUUGAUUAUUGGCUCAAUAAAUAUGAUUGGCGUCGUUGGGAAAAUGAACUGAAUAAAUAUGAUCAAUUUAAAACACAGAUCGAAGGAUUGGAUAUCCACUACGUACAUAUAAGACCAAAAAAUCCUAAUGGUGUUGUCAUUCCAUUAUUAGCUAUACAUGGAUGGCCAGGUUCAUUUUUUGAAUAUUAUAAAACAAUACCAAUACUUACUGAUUCAUCAUUGGAAGGAUUAUCAUUCGAAGUUGUUAUACCAUCUAUACCUGGUUAUGGAUUUUCUGAAGCACCACAUAAAGAAGGAUUUAGUUUCAUUUCGGCAGCUCGUGUAUUCGUAAAACUAAUGAAACGUUUAGGAUUGAAUCGUUUCCUUGUUCAUGGUGGUGAUUGGGGAUCAAUGAUCAGUAAAACAAUAGCAUUAAUGUAUCCGGAAAAUGUUCGUGGUAUACAUACAACAUUCUAUACUAGUUCACAGCCACAAGGUGCUGAUAAUUUUAAAUAUCUAAUGGCAAAAUAUCUACCAUUCAUAAUGUUUAAUAAUCGUGAAUCACAACGAACAAUGUUCAAUGAUUUGUUACAUUAUAAAUCAAAAUGGUUCUAUGAAUCUGGAUAUUUUCAUUUACAUUCAACAAAACCGGAAACAAUUGGACCAGCAUUAACUGAUAGCCCGAUAGGAUUAGCUGCUUAUAUAUUGGAGAAAUUUUCUGCAUGGACCGAUCCGACCAAUGUAUUCAAACCGGAUGGUGGCAUAACAGAAAAAUUCACAAUGGAUGAACUGUUGACCAAUGUAAUGAUAUAUUGGUUCUCCAAAAACAUCACAUCAAGUAUGCGUUUUUACAAAGAAAAUGGCUGUCCAAUUAUUGGUGUUUAUCAUAAAUAUCGUAUUGGUGCUGCAAAAGUUUCACCAACAGUUCCGGCUGGUUAUGCUGUAUUUCCAAAAGAAAUGGUUCGUGUACCGGAAUUUAUUGUUCGAAUGGCAUUCGAAAAUCUUGUUCAUUAUACAGAAUUACCAAGUGGUGGACAUUUUGGUGCCUUUGAAGAGCCAAAAUUAUUGGCUGAAGAUUUACGAAAAUUUGCAUUCACUGUAGUAACAAAAGGCUAAUUAAUUUGAUGAUCAAUUUUGGAAAAAAAACAUGGAAUCCAUUUAUAUAAAA